UGCAGAGAAAUGUCCGGACCCAGGCCUGUAGUUCUGAGUGGACCAUCAGGAGCUGGAAAAAGCACACUGCUGAAGAGACUCAUGAAAGAAUAUGAAGGGGUUUUUGGAUUCAGUGUCUCCCACACCACCAGAAAUCCUCGGCCAGGAGAAGAAGAUGGAAAAGGACUGAAUUGUCUCCCAAUGCUUCUGGGGGCUACUUUACUUCCUGUAGCAGACGUCCUGUCCUCUGAGACAUCUGAAGAUUACCACUUUGUCACCAGAGAGAAGAUGCAAGAGGGAAUCGACAAUGGCGAAUUCAUUGAGAAUGCCGAGUUUUCUGGGAACAUGUAUGGAACCAGCAAAUCAUCCAUAGAAGACGUUCAGGCGCAAAACCUCAUCUGCAUCUUGGAUGUUGACAUACAAGGAGUGAAAAACAUUAAAAAGACUGAUUUGAACCCCAUAUAUAUAUCCAUCCAGCCACCUUCGAUGGAGAUCCUGGAAAAGCGUCUGAGAGACAGACAAACAGAGACAGAGGACAGUCUACAGAAGCGUCUGGAGGCAGCGAGAAUCGACAUGGAGCUCAGUAAGGAACCGGGAGUUUUUGAUUUGGUAAUCAUUAAUGAUGAUCUGGAAGAGGCAUAUGAGAAACUCAAAAGUGUUCUUAUUGAGGAAAUUGAGAAGGUGCAAGAUGCCAAGAAAUAAUGAAAAAAAUGCACUUUUGACCAUUCUGCCCAACAACACACGACAUGAAGCCUUUUUUUUAGCCUUGUACAGUGCAAUCAUGGUGUUGGUUCUCAUGUCAAAAAACUUCAAAAACCUAAUCAAGAUGGAUGAUAUGUUCAAAGGAGUGUGCUAUAGAGUUUUUCCUCUAUAAAUAUGUCCAUGUAUGUUAAAAACAUUUUUACUUCAGUUGAAGACACUUCCCUAUUAACUCUCUUGAACAUGUUUUCACCUAAUAAUGAAGGGAGAAAACUGUAACAAAUACGUUCAAGUUCAGCUGAUGAUGAUAGUUUGUUUAUUAUCAGCCUGUUAGCUCUAUAGUAGAGAAAUUAUCGUUUUAUAUAUUUAGGCCCUAUGAUUUGUGUAUAGUUAAUAGUUUACAGCAUAUUUGAUUCUCUGUUAGCCUUUCACAUGUUCGAAUGUAUUUAGCUGAAUGGUAUGUUUGAUUUGCACCCUCAUAUUUCUAAACUUUGGGUUAGCUAAAAUAA